AUGUCAUCCGAGGACCGGGCACUCGUUGAAGAGAUGGAUGCCAGUGCGCCACCCAUGGAUCAUCAGCAUAUCUACGAAGCGGCCUAUACUUCUAUGCCGCCAGGAGAAGAAGGAUUUGACCUCAGCCAUGAGGGGGGAGAACAUGAGGUCUUCGAGGAGUUUGUGCACAAGCUGGCGGGGGUGAGACACAUUGAUCAUCGCAAUCGGCGCAAUCAGGUACAACUGAGGAACAAACAAUGGGCAGAGCAAUAUGAGGACCUGGUCAAUGCGUAUCUGCAGUACAGUGAGCAAGAGCAGGAAGGCUUGGUUGCAGAGGGGAUGAUAGUAGAAGAGACAGAACGGGAAUUUCAGGUCGAAGUAGUCGAUAUUUUUGGCCGCAAAACAUGCACAUUCGCACCCCUCAUGAUCGAUAUCUACGCCAAUGCAACCCUCAUCCGAGAGGGAUAUAUCGGCACAUCCCUGGUUCAUCCUACAACUGCCAUAUCGAUCCGCUGA